GGGAAGUAGCGCAAAGAGCAGCCUAAGCUAAGGGACUGGUAUAAAAUAUCCAAUUCUGGUUCUUUAGUUAAAAAACUCCUUUUGGGGUUGGGUUUUCAGGGAGUGCAGUGGGGGAGCGGCCCUCAACUCCUUGCAUUAAAAUUAGGAUAUCUGAACAAUAAUUGCCAGAUUGAUUAUUUAAGACACACAUCUUAUUGCAGCUUUAAAGGGUAGAACCGUGGGCACUGGGACCAUGAUGAACUCCUCCAAGAAGAGUGAACUAGAUUUAGAAAAAAGCAUUACCAAUAAGAAAACAGAAGAAGCCAACUGGCAGUGUAUCUACCCAAAUGAGAGGAGAGAGAGGAAUCACGUUUAUACUCUUCUUGACAUCAGCGAGAAUGUAUUUGAACAAGAUGAAAGGUCCUUGGAAUAUGUCAUCAGGACAGGAUGGGAGGAAGCUGUGCAAGGCUGGGGUAAAGCUGCUCCAUUUGCCUGCCUUCAGUUGCAAAAGGAAGCCAAGAAAUCAAGGGCAAAUGAAACCAUCAACAGUUGCCUGUUUUGCUUAGAUAUGAGGCAAAAUAAUGACAAAAGUGUGAGCCAAGAAACCAAGACUACAAGAGAUCAAUCAAAAUCUGAUUGCAAAUUAAGCACAUGUGCUAUAGAUGAUACCGUUUCAGAAAAGAAAGAGGUUCCAGUCCAUUCUAGCGAGUCUUCCAAUUGUUCUACCGCAGAUGGAACUAAGAAAGAAAGUUGUAAUGGCAAGUUACGCUCUAUUCAGACAUUUCAAGGUGAAAAGAAAAGUUUGCCAGUAAAGGAAUACAGUAUACGGCAACCAGAAAAAAUGAAAAACCCAGAAGCCCUAAAAAAUAAAGCUGUAAAGACCCCUGAGCCUACCAUGCCUGCUCCAGAUAGCUCUGAAGCUUCAAACUUAAAGUCUUUGCUGAUAUUGCCACCAGUGAAAGAUGCAACUCCAAAAGAUAGCACAGAUCCUUCUUUUAAGAAGAGUAUAGCAGCUAUCUCCCAGGCAAAUCAGAAAAUGCUCAAUGCUACUUCAGCUGAGACUGCUUCCGGUAGUAAGGGUAUUAAAACAAUAGAACAAAAGGGGGGAAAAGAAACUGACUGUAUCAUUCAUGAUACAGUGAAGGAGAAACAAAUUCACGAACCAUUAUCCUUUGUCCCAAGGCUUCCAAAAGCAUUCCUGCAAGCAGGCCCUGAACAGUUACACUGGCCCUGUGCUCUUUGGCCAGAUAGAAAAAUUACAACCACUUCUAAUUCUGUUUCUUUGAGAAAGAACAGUCAUCUUGCUAACAUGCAGUUUCUGCAUACAAAAGGAAUACAGUACACAAAACAUGAUGAGAUCAGAGGUCCUUUCAUCAACAGUAUUAAAAACAGAAGUCUCUCAGAGGCCAAGCAAGGAAAUGAAUCAAAAACACAGGCGGUGCAACUGCUUCCUGGACUAUUCCCUUCCUUAACGGUCAGCCAUGUUGCAAUAACCGCAAUGUCUUCUAGACUGACCUAACAUUUUUAUACUGUAACUUCAUGUCAUUUUCUUCUAUUUGUUUGAACUCAUUAUAUGAUGAGAAAAGGAUUGAAGAUACAUUGUACUUGU